GAAAAGAAUUAGAUUUCAAACAGAGACGCUCCGUCAAAUUAUGGAUGCCUCCGCCGCCAACAAUCCUGAAUUGCUUCGCUUCCUUAAUGAAGAAGAGCAAAGGGUGAUGAUGAACGAGGCGGUGGCCAAGCUGACAAGCGUGUGUUGGGACAAAUGCCUGACAAGCGCACCGGGAAGCAAGUUCAGCCCAAGUGAACAUUCUUGUCUCACACACUGUGCUAAGCGUUACGCUGACAUGAGUAUGCUCAUCAUCAGAAGAAGCGCUCAGUUCAAGAACUGACCUUUACUCCCUUAACCUCCUCUUAACUUGUUGCAGCACAAAACUUGUGCUGUUUCAUUCAUAUGGAAUAAUAGUUUUUUUAGAUAACUA